AUGGAGAAAGCAAAGUCUGCUGUUUCUAGCUUCCUUUCCAAUGAUGGAAAACACAAAACCACGGUCAGCGAAUCCUUGAACCCUCACGUCACGCAGGAGGCAGUGAAACCCCAUCAGCAUGAGCAAGUGACCACUGCUCUCGAUAAGGAGGUACAUCAGGAUCACCACCAUACGACAGUUCAGCCUCUGAAGCACAGAGAAGUACUUCCUGAACAGCACCAUCAUAACCUCGCUCCUGUCCAGCACAAGGAAUUUCACCACGGAAAUGAGCAGGACACUCGAGCAACUCUCGACAGAGAGGCUGCUAAAUACCGAGACACAACCGAGACGCAUGCUACAACCCACUCUACCGAAACUGCCCCUACAGUUACCGGCGAACGAAUUCACCACCAUGUUCAUGAGCACGUUCAACCUGUAAUCCAAAAAGAAACUGUGCAGGGUCAUGUUGUCCAUACUACAAUUCCGAUCCAUGAGAGACAUGAAGCAGCUCCCAUUCAUCAUGGAACCUCCACUCUCCCUACUAAGACUCUGGAUGAGUUCACCUCUGAACGUGGAGGUCUUGGUGAGCGGGCCGCUCAAAAGCUUACCGAGUUCGAGGGAUGCCCCAAGCCUUACCGACAAGAGCUUCAGAAUGAGCAGCUUCAGGGUGAUAAGAACAUGCACCUCCAUGGUCACGGUGAUAAGUACGGAGAGAACCAGGCUCACUCUGGCCGUGAGGGCCAUGGCAUUGGCCACACUGCAGAGGGUCUUGCUGCUGGCGGCAUGGCCGGAGCUGGUGCUACUGCUGCUUCUCGCAAGCAGCGCCAUGGUCUCGGUCACAAGGAUCGUCGAGGCUCCGGCUCCAGCAGCAGCUCAAUGAGCUCUAGCGACGAGGAGUCUCGUGGUCUGGGCAAGUCUUCUAAGCACAAGAAUCGAGGUCUCGGUAGCUCUGCCGGCACUGGAGUUGGAGCUGGUGCUGCCGCCGCUGCUGCAGGCGCCGCUCACAACCAGCAUCAGAGCCGCGAGGGUGGAAUUCCCGAUACUACUGGAGUCGGUUCAGGCAUGGGAUCUACUGGUAUGAUGGGCAACACUAGCACCAUGGGUGCCAAGGGUGGGAACAUCGGAAACCCCAACACUGCCGGGCUCAACAAGCCCCAUGGCGGCGAGUAUGACUCUGUCAAGACUGGAGGUCUUCACAAUGACCCCCUCAAGAGCAACUCUCCUCACGCUCGUGGUGACUCAGGCGUUGGAAUGGAGCAGAAGAAGCCCUCUCUCCUCGACCGUCUCAAUCCCAUGAAGGAUGCCGAUGGCGAUGGCAAGAAGGGACUUAUGGAUUAG